CCUGGCCGCUGGAGGUCCGCGCCGUGGCGGGACGUGGCAGUUGUCCCACAAGGCCAAGCCCAGGCUUGCUGGCGGCGCGGGCGGAAAGAGGCUGAUGCGCGCGCGCGGUCCGCCCCGUAGGACUGUGCGGGCGAGCAGGAGGUGCCCGGGACGGACGAGCGCGGCUCCAUCCCGGAGGCGCUGACCUGAAGUCGGAUGCGGGUUUCGUCUUUUUCUUCUGUCAGCUGUUACCAUGACCCUGACAAAAGGUUCCUUCACCUACUCCAGUGGGGAGGAAUACCGUGGCGAGUGGAAGGAGGGCCGCAGACAUGGUUUUGGUCAGCUGAUGUUUGCAGACGGUGGCACCUACUUGGGUCAUUUUGAAAAUGGGCUUUUUAAUGGCUUUGGGGUACUAACCUUCUCAGAUGGCUCAAGGUAUGAGGGGGAGUUUGCCCAAGGGAAGUUUAACGGCGUUGGAGUCUUCAUUCGACAUGACAACAUGACCUUUGAGGGGGAAUUUAAGAAUGGCAGAGUAGAUGGUUUUGGCCUGCUGACCUUCCCUGAUGGUUCUCAUGGAAUACCCCGCAAUGAAGGUCUGUUUGAAAACAACAAGCUGCUUCGGCGUGAGAAGUGCUCCGCUGUGGUUCAGCGGGCCCAGAGUGCCUCUAAGUCAGCCAGGAAUCUUGCUGCUUGAUGGGGCUUUGGACACAGCCAGAAAACCACUUAGGAAAGAAAACCUUGUUGGCUCAAGGUGAACAAGUGAACCAGAUAUGAGAGUUACCAUGGAGCCAAAGCCUGUGAGGUGGCCCAUCACCUGCCCAUCAGGAAUUCAGUCACAGGAAAGUGCAGAGGACUUUGGUCCCAAGACCUCACAGCAGCUCUGCCUCCCCCUCCCCCCCGACCCUCGUGGGCUAGAGGACAGGAGCAGCCCUUCCCGUGCUGCUGGCACUCCUCAUUCCUGAGACCUUGCGUUACCCAGGGCUGCGGCCUUCACUCUACCUGCUGCCAGAUCCAGAAUCUCAUUCCUUCUCACUUAGGGCUAGAGUUUCUUCUGCCCUGGAGAAAUAAGGGCGGCUGAGAUAGCACAGUAGCACUGUGAACGUCAAGUCCAGAGCUUUUCUCUAUACUAUUCCCUCGUUCCCUGCGGUGGUAGUCUUGGCCGCUUUACCUGAUCAGGUUGGUCUCUGUCUCUGCUUAUAAACCCCUAUGAAGGAUUCUGUAAGAGUGCUGUUUUAUUCUCCCUCAACUUUAUGAGAUGACUCCCUAACCUGAGUUAUAUGGCAGAUAAUCUAAUCCCCAUUUGUGCCUCUGUCAUCCCUUAGAUGUUAGACAGGAUCCCUAUAUGACAUAGCCAAGUAAGAAGUGACUAGACAAGUAAUCUCUGACUGUAUUUGUUACUCACUCCAGGGCAAAGGGCAGACCUAGCCAGAUCACUUCAGGUCUCCCUUGGAGUGACCUGAAUCCCAGGAAAGGCUUGGGCUGACAAAGUUCUUUCCCAGUGGGCCAGUGGAUUAGAUUCAGAACAACCACAUGGGUGUUGGAAAACUUGGACCUGCCCUGGGCAGCAGUGAGCUAGCAGCCUUGGCUCCUUGCAUUCUGUUCACUGACUCUUCCAGCAGGAGCCUUGGCCCUUAGGCCUGGGACAGAUCAUGGCAGGAAUAACUCUUGCUUGGUGAACCACAAAGCCUCUAGUUAGCCCAGUCCCCAGGCCCACCCCAGCUCCCAUCCUCACACCAAAUCUCCCUCAACAACAGACUGUGGUGGAAAUUACAGUCGCGUGCCUCUAUUUAUUCUUUGAGCUCUACUAUGGAGAUAGUUGUGUUUAUAGGAAUAAACAAAUCACCAGAA